AUGUCCACUAACACCGGUGCACCUACCGCGGCGCGCACAUCGGCCGAUAUCGACAGAGUUGAUGUCUUCUCACGACAGCUGUAUCGACGAGCCCGCCAAGCUGGGUCCGACUUUUCAGAUGUCGCGAUUGUCGUGCGGGGCCUGCACACGGUACUCAAACACCUGAAAGUCGAGGCAGAAGACCCUGGUUCUCUCCUCAACUCGGAGCAAAGCCCGGUGUACGUCCGACAAUUAACACCCAUUGUCGAGGACUCCGAGUUCGCGCUCAAGCAACUUGACACCAUUCUCGAGAGGUAUGGUGGCAACGGCAGCGGAAGCGACGGAGAGGGCCAUAGUGCAGCCGGUAACAGUUCGCUGGGUGGCCGAGAGCACGACAGGAUCGGUCUGAUCCGAACCAAAUUGGCAAACCAGAAACUGAAUAUCGACAUUUUCCUCGACACAGUGCAGUUGCACAAUCCGUCAAAAUCGCGCAAGGUUGUCGACACGAACAACGCGAAUCUGGACUCGAUCAAAGACAAGGUGGACGUAAUUGCCUCGAGGAUAUGCCAGCGCAAGAAUUCGCAGUCGAGUGAGGCGUCAGACGACAACGGGCUAUGGCUACAGUUUCGGGACGAAUUGGAAAAGGAGGGCUUCUCGAGAGACGUUCUGCGUAAAAAUCAGGAUGUUCUCCGGGCCUACAUUCGCCAACUUGAUGAGCAGAGCAUGCCUGGCGGCGCCAUUCCAACAGUUCGCGGAUUCCUCGAGGGCUACCAAUCUCCCUUGGGUGCUCUGCACGGCGCACCAGAUUCAAUGUCCCCGGUCCCCAUGGAGAAUCUCAGUCCUAAAGAGAUGUAUCCUUCGGCCACCAACGAGAAGUUUUUUCCAUCGAUGAAAAUGGAACGUCUUCAACCAGACAAAUACCCGCCAUAUCCGUCAAAUUUGCCUACGCACGCCACAGACCUCUCGUACGAUCGCCACUCUGAGGAAGGAGAUGUUGAUGACGGUGCUUCUGACAACUCGAUGGCACUGGUCAUAUCCACUCGCGACCUUAUGGCUCUGGACAGACGAGAGGCGGAUCUCGCCAUAGCCAUGGGCAAUAUGCACCUGCAACCUCGAGGUCCACCCUACGCCACAUCAAACUAUACCCAUGCUGCUAGCCCCGGCUCCUCGCCUCAGACAUACAACUUACCGUCAAGUUCGAAUGCGAGUCUGUUCCCUUCAUCAUUCAACCCAAGUGUAGGAGACCAGUUUGGGCUGUCCCCACGCUUUGUCCCGCCCUUGGCUCCUCCACCGUACGGCGGCAGCCCACCACCUACGCUUCACCCCAACUCUACCUCUGCGCCCGCUAUUCCUGGUGCGCCAUUUGUACAGCAAGCCCAGCGGUAUGCCCGCCUAGCUCCGGACCAGCACGGCCAUGACAUACCGCUUGAUGCCCAAUGGACCCGCAUCAAGCGAUCUCUCAUCUCACCAGAGGUUCUUGACCGAGCACGGGUGCGUUAUGAAGCCCGGCCCGACUUUGUAGCUGUUCUCGGUGUUUUCACGAAGGCGGAAAUUGCCGGGUUUGCUAGGCAGAGCGCCGAGGUGCGGAGACGAAGAAUGGAAGCGCGCAAGAGAGAACCACGCAAUGAGAAAGACCGGUACUAUCCCGAAAAGUACAAGAACUGGGAUGUCGAGGCCCAACAGAAGCAAGACAGCCAGUUAUCAUCGUCAUCUGAUUUAUAUGAUUCGUCCGACUCUUCCGAAUCUGACGAGGAACUGCCUCGAUACCGCCCUCGUAGAGGUAACCAUGCCGAAAGCGACAAGGACGAAAAGCACGAUGAAGAAAAGGGUACAAAGGCGUAUCCUUUCAUUGUUUCACCCCCUGAGAAAGAACGAGAAAACGGGCACAGUCCCGCUGCGACGGUGACGCCCAAGCCUAUUCUCAAGAACAAGAAUGACGAUCCUCACGUGCGUUUCGACCCGGAACCGAAAGUACUCGAUGGCUCUUUCCCACGCUCCAACCCACGGCAUUCGGAUCGAGACCUUCAUAGGCCAGAGCGUCGCCACCGGGAGCGGUCCGAACGUGGGCCAGAGCGCGACCGUUACGUGUCUGGGUCAUACGACGACCGAGAUCGAGAUCGGGACCGUGACCGGGGUCGUGAUGACGAGUACCCUCACCGCCACCAUCGACGUCACCACGGAGGAAGCACCGGCGGUAGCAGACGAGAGAAGGAGCGUGAUGAGUACGGCAGGCGGAGGAGGAGGGACGACAGGGACCGGUACAGAGACAAAGAUCGCAUUGAGACGAGCGAAGAUCGCGCUGCGAGGAAGAAGGCGAGGGGUGAGACUUUGAGGGCUGUCGGCAUUGGUGGUGCCGCCGCUAGCUUGCUGAGCGUUCUCACCGAGGCUGCUGCGGGGUUGUAG